AUGAUUGACUUACAUAAGUCUGAACUUUAUCUGGACUGUGUGGAUCAUCACAUUGGUCAGCUUGUGAAUGAAAAUGAAUUCCACGUUUUCAUCUUUGUUGUGCGACUGGGCCAGUUAACCAAUGAUGAUAAGAUGAGUCUGGAAUGGCUUCAGAGUGUGUUUGGUGACAAAGUUCUUCAGUUUGUGAUGAUUCUCUUCACCUACGAGAGAGAAAAGGAGUGUAACACUAUAAAAUAUGAUCUGAAGAGAAACCCUGAUCUGAAGCAGCUGCUGGAGAAAUGUGGAGGAAGAUUUCAGACCUGCAACAUGAUGAUGAACAACCAAUCAGAGAUGAGAGACCUGAUGAAGAAGAUUGCGCAUCUGUUUAAUGAGAAUCAACAGCAGUGCUACACUGGAGAGAUGCUCAACACUGCAUCAAUAAGGAAAAAAGAGCUGGAAAGUCGUGAACAUCAGUGUGUCACUGUUUACGACACACCUGGAUUCUAUGACCAAACGAUGAGUACAGAGGACAUUCAGAAGAUACUGGAUAAGGUUCUCCUGAAAUGUGAAUCUGGUCCCUGUGCUUUUUUGCUGGUUAUCAAAGCUGAUAGUUUCACUGAAGAAGAGAUAAAAACUGUGGAGAAGAUUGAGAAGCUGCUCGGAGAAAAACGCUUGAAAAAAACCUGGAUUCUGUUUACCAGAGGAGACGAACUAAAAGAUGAAAACAAGACCAUAAAUGAAUUCAUCAACGAGACUGAAGAACUGAAGAAACUCGUUCAGAAAUAUGAUCAGAGAUACCAUGUGUUCAACAACAAAAUAAGAGGACAUAGUGACCAACCUCGAUUACUGCUGGUAAAAAUUCUCCAGAGAUCUUUUGGAGUAAAGGAUGGAGGAGAACUCGAACAGAUUCAUGUCAGUCCAAACACUCGUAAUGAACUAGACACUCCUGUCUCAAGUCACUCAUCCAGAAGGAUUGUUCUUCUGGGUAAAACUGGAGUUGGGAAAAGUGCAGCUGGAAACACAAUACUGGGAAAGAAAGAGUUCCGAUCUGUGCUGAAAAUGAAUUCAGUAACCCGUGGAUGUUCAGAGAAACAUGCCACUGUUUCAGGCAGAUCUGUGUCUGUAGUUGAUACUCCUGGAUUCUUUGACACAGAGAUGAACCCUGAAGAGUUAAUGACAGAGAUAGCACAAAGUUUUUAUUUAUCCAGUCCUGGACCUCAUGCUUUUAUCAUUGUGUUCAGAGUUAUUGACAGAUUCACUGAACAGGAGCAGCAAAUUCCUCAGCAGAUUGAGAUAAUGUUUGGUCAGGACGUGUUAAAAUACUCCAUCAUUCUCUUCACUCAUGGAGAUCUGCUGAAAGGACAACAUAUAGAGAACCUCACGGAUGAGAACUGUGCUUUUAGACAUCUACUUGAACAGUGUGGAGGCAGGUAUCAUGUCUUCAACAAUGAAUAUCAGAAUAACAGUAAGCAGGUGGAUGAACUACUACAGAAGAUUGACUCAUUGAUAGAGCAGAAUGGAGGAGAACAUUACAGUAAUCAGAUGUUUGAAGAUGCUCAGAGAUACAGACAAGAGGAAGAAGAGAGGAAGCUGAGAGAGGAAGAGGAGAGAAAACAACAAGAGGGGGAGCAAAGACAAGAUGAGACUGGGGGAAUGGUAAAAGAGGAAGUAGAAAGAAAAAGUGAAAAUCCUGAGUUUAAACAAUUUUUAACCAAGUAUCAGGCUACUUUGAGUCUAUCAGCUUUUGCACUUAGUAAAAAUAUGGUUGCUGGUGAAUUUAUCGGUGUGUGUAUUGGUGGAGCUGUUGGUGUAGCUUGUGGACUUAUCGGUGGCCCGGCUGGUAUAGCUGUUGGUGUAUUUGUUGGUGGAGCUGUUGGAGCAGCUGUUGGUGGAGCUGCUGGUGCAGUUAUUAGUAAAGUUAGGCGUAAUUUGUGACAAAUCCUCAUGGCCCACAGGUUU